CAACAACAGCUAACAUGACAGGCUGUUCUCAACACUUGCCUGUCAACUGACAGGCAAGCUUUGCUGGGACACAGAUCAGCAAAACUUAAGACUGACUAUCCCAAGUGUUGAAGAAGAUACAGAUCAAUGGAAACUCUUGAGCACAGCUGAGAGAGUGUAAACUGUGGAGCAUACACCGGCAUCUUUUAAGUUGACACAUUUCACAUCUUGGGACUCAGCCGUUUCAUUUCCAAAAGUCUAUAGGGUCCCCUAGCCUUUCCCUAAACCCUUCAGAAUUCACAGUCAAGAGAUCCGAGAAAGGGAUGUACGAUUUCUGCAUUGGGAAGAGUGAAUCAGAGCCAGUCCACGUGACCCCUAUCUCCGCCAACAACAAUACCGAUUCAAUCUGCCAUAUAAGAGACCCACCUUGGAAGCUCAGCCUUCAGGGUUCACGCGGACACCCACUCUGGGCCAGUGCACAGCUCGGGAUGCUGGGAAUUCUGCGGGGAGCAGACAGACACCGUCUCUACGAGCGCUCGCCCUCCCCUGGGGAAAGAGCCCCGAGGCAGGCUGCAGCACAGAAAAUCUGCCUGCUUCCAGCCUACCAUCCCACAGAAUUCAGACUCAAGACUGAACACCAAGUCUUACCUGGGUUCCCAGACUGCCAACCCACUGUUCAGGUUUGGGAUCUGCCAAGCACCACCACUAUACUGCAGAUCCCUAAGAAGAAUGGCUCCCUGAGCUUGCUACAACCCUACACAACCAGUUACGGUCCAGGCUCUUCUCCCUACCCAAACGCCAUCCCCAGGUAUCUGCAGGUCUCCUCCUUUAAGUCUCUGCUCAGCAUACCAGUGACCCUGCAAUGCCGGGCCUCUCUGAAGCACACCCCAGCCUCCCCUAUUUCCCUUCCACAGUGUGCUUUACCCCUUAGCACUUGAGUGCACCUGAAAUACAACAAGUGAACUCCUUUCAUUUGCUCAUUCUCUCACGACCACUUUGUGCACAGCUGGAAAUUCCAUGAGGUUCCAUGAAGACCCUGUGUUGGUCACUGACGACUCCUCCACCCAUAGAACAGGACCCUGCAUACAGUCGGUACUCAAUAACUACUUGAUGUGAAACGACUAAACGAUGGACAAAUUUGGGAAUGUGGGGCAGAAGGAGGUGGCACCCCUGGGGUGGUUCCUCCCUGCCCUUGGCUUUCCCUCUAAUCCAGGUACUGGCCAGAGUCCCAAUCCCCUUGGCACCGAAUGAGAUAGCCCCAUGAAGCCACAUACCAAAGG